CACGUCAAACGUCACUUCGAGCAAGUGAAUGAAGUGGCAUAAAAUUUCGGCUUUGUCGGCAUUUCGUAGUUCUUCGUCUUCCGAGUAGGUUUUAAGUGGCCGGCUAGUUCAAAAUGCGUUUUCUUUUACUUACCGUAGCGAUAGCCCUGCUGGGCGCCGCACUCGGAGACGAUGUGCCUACAGAGGAGAAUGUACUUGUGUUGAGCAAAUCCAACUUUGACACUACAGUUCAGGCGAACAACUUCAUCCUGGUGGAAUUCUACGCGCCAUGGUGCGGCCACUGCAAGUCGCUGGCGCCGGAGUACGCCAAGGCGGCAACCAAGCUGCUGGAGGAGGAGUCUCCCAUCAAGCUGGCGAAGGUUGACGCCACACAGGAGCAAGAGCUCGCGGAGAACUACGGCGUGCGUGGCUACCCCACCCUCAAGUUCUUCAAGAACGGCAACCCCGUUGACUACACUGGUGGCCGCCAGGCUGAUGACAUCAUCUCCUGGCUCAAGAAGAAGACUGGCCCUCCAGCGGUCUCUGUGACCUCAGCGGAACAAGCCAAGGAGCUGAUCUCCGCCAACAACGUGAUUGUGUUCGGUUUCUUCCCCGACCAGGAGACGGCCAAGGCCAAGGCCUUCCUGAACACUGCUGGGCUUGUGGACGACCAGGUCUUCGCCAUCGUCUCUGACGAGAAGCUCAUCAAGGAGUUGGAAGCUGAGGCUGAGGAUGUUGUUCUGUACAAAAACUUCGAAGAUCCCCGCGUCAAGUAUGAAGAGGCUCAAUUUGAUGAGGACUCCAUCAAGAAGUGGGUGUUUGUCCAGAGCAUGCCUCUCAUCGUUGAGUUUUCCCACGAGACAGCCUCCAAGAUCUUCGGAGGCCAGAUCAAGUACCACCUUCUGCUCUUCUUGUCCAAGAAAAACGGUGACUUCGAGAAGUACGUUGAAGAGAUCAAGCCCGUCGCCAAGACCUACCGCGACAGAAUCAUGUCCGUGGCCAUCGACACCGACGAGGAUGACCACGCCAGAAUCCUGGAGUUCUUCGGUAUGAAAAAGGAUGAGACUCCCGCUGCGCGCCUGAUCGCUCUCGAACAAGACAUGGCCAAGUACAAGCCUGCCUCCAACGAGCUGUCUGCCAACGUUAUUGAGGAAUUCGUGCAGUCCUUCUUCGCCGGUACCCUGAAGCAGCACCUCCUCACCGAGGAUCUGCCGGCCGACUGGGCCGCCAAGCCCGUCAAGGUCCUGGUCGCCACCAACUUCGACGAAGUGGUCUUUGACACCACCAAGAAGGUGCUUGUCGAGUUCUACGCCCCAUGGUGCGGCCACUGCAAGCAGCUGGUGCCGAUCUACGACAAGCUUGGAGAGCACUUCGAGGCCGACGAGGACGUGGUCAUCGCCAAGAUCGACGCCACCGCCAACGAGCUCGAACACACCAAGAUCACCUCCUUCCCCACCAUCAAACUGUACACCAAGGACAACCAGGUCAAGGACUACAACGGUGAGAGGACGCUCGCCGGCAUGACUAAGUUCGUAGAGACUGACGGAGAAGGCGCCGAACCUACGCCCAGUGUGAGCGACUAUGAGGAGGAAGACGAGGUGCCCGCCAGAGACGAGUUAUAAGCCGUUGGCGCUUGAAGAGACUUCCGUAGCAUAGUCUGUAUAGAUUUAUAUUUACUUUUAUACUUAAUCUAACUGCAUUUCGUUCGCUAGACUGUUACUUUACGAAGGACUCUAAAUUAUGUUGGGUUGUACUGUUUACAAAUUUGAUAUUUAUUGUGAAAUACUCUCCUUGGGUCAGCCGGACCUCGAUAUUCGGGGAGACUAUGAUGGUUGAGUAACGCAGAUUUAAUACCAUCGACAAGAUAGUUGCAUAGUUGUACCGGCCAGUGUCCUCAGUGUAUUGUAUCUGUGGUAAGCAUAAUUUAUUCGAUGCGCUUAACACGCAUUUAUGUACAACACUAACAUAUUUAUAAUUUCUGUAUCAUAAUGAUAUGUUAUUAACACAUUCCUUAGUCGGAUACUGUUAGGUUGAAUUCAUCGAACAAUCGUUUUUAAGGGCACAGGCGGUUUUUAAUUUUUAACGAAUGAUUUGUGUCAAUGGCCAUAAUUGUGUUUUUUUUUCUGAUGUUAUUUUGGCCUCAGCAAAGUGUAUU